CUAUUUUGUUAACUACAUCCUGAUACGCCAUUACUUCUGCCCGGAUACCUUCAUUAUUUUCAUUUUGCCCCCUUUAACUCAACUGCAUCACAUUUGAUCACAUUUGCGGCUUUAAACUAUGUUCUCCUCAAUGUUCCUAUCAUCUUUGAUAUGUCUACAUGUCCUUUUGAUACCCAAUCAUACUGUGCAGGCUGGCGUUCACGCCAACAAGUACGGUGCGGGGCAAAUUGACAACAGUCGAAACCAACACUCAAUGAUGCAAGCUUGUGCUCAUCCUCAGGGGGACUUUUACUUGCAAAACUCUGCUACUAAAGCAUGGCUUUCGUAUCACCGGAAUCCACAAACGAUCCAACCUACGAUUCAAUCCAAGCGAUCAGUUAUCACACUUUCCAAUUAUGGACCGGGUACUCGUGUUAAGCCUCGAGCAAGUAACAACAAGUGUCUUGCUUCUCAAUUUCACAGCGAAACGGGAGUAGACUGGGCAGCUACUAUGUAUGUAUGCUCAACUUCCCAUACAAAAAAAGUCGACGCAGGAAACCCAACAAACAAACAGCAAUGGCUCUUUAUUCCCGUACACAACCGCCGUGAUACAUAUUAUCUUGUUGCUGUAGAUCACUUGAACGAUAUGCAAACUCGAGCUUUGUCUUCACGCACACUGCAAACUGCCGGAGGAUACACUUCGACUUCAAUCGACCUUUUUAACACUAGAGACACAACCCAAAUGUGGAACCUCGUCAAAGCUUAGAUUCGGCUCUCGACCAAGGGUGUAUAAUCUUGAAUCCUGGUGUAUAACCCACAUACUUUUACAUACUGAACAUGUACCGCAAGAUUCUUUUACCAUUUUAUCGCGUUCCCUAGGGCAUCGCAACAUCAUGUAUGACAUAUACCACUAUCACUUUCAUUAUUUCCAUUUUCACUCUUUCUUCUUACACAUAGCAUUUUCACAUUGUAUUCACCAAGACUGGAUCUUUUGCUGUAAAGAAAAACAUUUAGGCUUACAGACUCGAA